UCACGUUCCUGCGCCAGGGAGGCGGCGGGAAAAGCGGGAGCCGCCGCGCCGCGGGCCGGGUGCCGCUCCCGGGGAAACCGGCGGCAUCGGCUCCGCCGCGCGCCGCCGCCUCUGCCCCACCUCCCCCGGCGGCUUCUCCCCGCCGCCGCUCCCGCCUCGCCCGGCGCUCCCGGGGGCCGAACUUGCGGCCUCCCCGGCGCCGGGCCGGCACUGACGCGCCUUUAUUUGAACGCCUCGUAGAGCGACUGGAGCGGGGCGGAGGGAAGCGGCGCUCGGGGAGCGAGCCGAAGGAUGUCCCGGGACGGCGAGGAAGGCAGCGUGACGGCCUAGACCCGCGGGAGGAGCGGCCGCUCCGGCGCUCGGGUACGGCGUGCGCGGCGCGGCGUCGGGCGGUGCGGUGCGGUCCAGGUGGCGGCGGCGGGGGAUGCGCUGCCGGCGCGGGAGCCGUGCGGAGGUGAUCGCCUGAUUUUCCUGACUGAGCAAGGAAAUGAGGUUCCCUAAGGAUGCCGCUUGAGAGCUGCGAGGGAGUGAAACCAGAAUCAUUUGGUUGAUUGAGCUCCAAGAUCAUCGGGUCCCACCUAUAAGCGAAUAUUUUCUCCGAGCCUGAGAGAAUCAGAAUGACUAAAAAAAGGAAACGUCAGGAGGAUUUCCAGAAAGUGAAAUUAAAAGUUGGGAAAAAAAAGCCUAAAUUAGAGAAUGCAACUGAUACUACCUUCAAAACAAAGGCCAUACAAAUUCCUGAGCAGCUUAAAGAAGAUGGAGUGCUUCCUACGCAAAAUAGAAAACUUAACAUAAAGGAUCUGCUCUCACAGAUGCAUCACUAUAGUCCUGGGGUUAAGCAUAAUGCACUUCUUGGACUCAAAGAACUCCUGUCUCAGUAUCCCUUUGUAAUUGAUGCACACCUUUCCAGUAUAAUAAGUGAGGUGGCAGCUGUGUUUACAGACAAGGAUUCCAAUGUCAGAGGAGCAGCUGUUCACCUGCUGCAGUUCUUGGCUUCAAAAAUAAGAGCGGAACAGAUUGCUCCAUUUUUUCCUUUGGUAAGUGCCCAUCUCUCUAGUGCCAUGACUCAUAUCAGUGAGGGAAUUCAGGAAGAUUCAUUGAAAGUCUUGGACGUUUUAUUGGAAGCAUACCCAGCUCUUCUUACAGACCGCAGCAUUAUAUUGUUGAAGAAUUUUGUUGAGCUUAUUUCUCACCAGCAACUCUCAAAAAGACUGAAAAGCAGGGACAAACUUUCCUGGAUGCUCUCUGUUAACCCGAAUCGCAGAGUAACUUCUCAGCAGUGGAGGUUGAACGUACUUACCAGGCUUAAGAAGUUUCUGCAAGCAGUGGUGGAUGGAUCCAGUGAUACAGAGGAUGAAGGGCUUCAAGAGCAGAAGGACAACUCUCAUUCUGUGAGGAACCCAAUAUGUAUUAGUUGGAAGCUCCAUGCAAAUAAUCAGCAACAUAUACAACUGUUUGAAAGUGGUGGCUUACGACCAAAGAUCAGCUCAUCAUUUAGACUGAGGUCUCUGACAAGUGUAAUGGACAGUGCAGAAAAAGGCCUGUCCUCGGCUGAAAACUUAAAAGGUUUUAUUGAGAUAAUAAUUCCAUUACUGAUUGAGUGCUGGAUUGAAGCAUCUCCUGCACAAUCAGCUCCCAUUCUUGGAAACCUUUUGGAAUCAGAAUCUCAGCAGCUUAUGCAGCAAGUUCUUAGCAUAAUACAUUUAUUGUGGAAACUCACAAAGCGACAUGAUGAAACAUACAAAAUGGAACUAUGGCUUCGAAUGAAUUACCUUGUUGAUUUCAAGCACCACUUCAUGCGUCAUUUUCCUUAUUCUUUACAAGAUACAGUAAAACACAAAAAGAAAGAUCCAUGCAAAAGCAACAGGAACUGUAUGAAAUCCUCAAACAACAUAGACCAUCUUUUACUGAAUUUAACCUUGUGUGACAUAAUGGUUUCGUUAGCAAGCGCUUCAACACUUCAGACGGACUCUGGUUGGCUGGACAUGAUAAGGAAAUUUGUGACAGACACUCUUCAGGAUGGCAGCAAGUUGAGUAGCAAGCAAGUGAACAGAUUGCUUGGGGUGACUUGGAGACUAAUGCAAAUACAGCAAAACAAGGUAGCAACGGAACCCUUGAUAAAAGCAGUAUAUACAUUAUACCAGCAAAGGAAUCUGCUCUUUCCAGUUCGUACAUUGCUUUUGAAAUUUUUUAGCAGAGUUUACCAAAAAGAAGAUUUGAGGACACAAAGAAUCAGAAGUCGAAGUAAAGUUUUAUCUCGUUGGUUGGCUGGCUUACCUCAGCAACUGGCUCUGCUUGGCUUGAGGAACCCUGAGCUUUCCAAUCAGCUCAUUGAUAUCAUUCAUUCCGCUGCUUCUCGUUCAAACAAGGAAUUGUUGCAAAGUUUACAAGCCACUGCUGCUCGAAUAUACGAUCCGCUCGAGGGCACGCUGGUGCUGCUGCCGGCCGAUGCGCAGCGGCGCCUGGUGCAGCUCGUGUACUUCCUGCCCUGCCUGCCCGCCAGCCUGCUCACCUGCCUCAGCCGCUGCUGCAUCAUGGGCAGGAUGUCCUCCGACCUCGCCGCCACCCUCAUCGGCAUCCUGCACAUGAGAUCAUCCUUUGCAGGCUGGAAGUGCCAAGUGCAGGAUAAUUCAGUGAAUGAUGUGGACUAUUUCAGCUUCUUGUUUUCAACCCUUAUAGGGUUUUCAAGAGAGGAGCUGACUAGUCUCCAGGGCAUUAGAGGAAAACCACACAUUAGCCAGACACAGCUUUCACCUAUCCGUCUUUACCUAACUGAUCUGGACCAGUUUUUACACCACUGGGCUGUGACAGAGGUGAUCUGUCACAACUUGUCCACUAUACCUUCACAAAGUCAGUGUUUUGACAUUCUCCAGACUGGUAUCUGUAAAUAUCUGGUUGGAUUGGUUGUAAUACCCGAUAGCACAGCUGGAUCUGUUCUAUGUGCCAUAAAUAAGCUCUUGGAUCAAGCCUGCAUCAUAAGUGAAAACCUACACAGGUUCUUGGCCUCUUGUUGUUACAGUCUUCUGUACUUUCUGCUAACUAUAGACAGAGAGGAUGCAGAACACUUACAGAAAAGGGAUAUGCUGUGGAGAUCAUGCAUUUCUGCAUUAGCACUCCUGCCACGGUUACUGAGGCUGAUGCUGCAAAGCCUGCAAGUGAGCAGGAUCUGUCGGGAAGAGCUGCCCGUCGUUGCUCAGCUGCUUCGCUUACUAAUGCAGCACGGGCAGCUCAGGAGCCAUAUGAUAACAAAUGAGUUUCUGGUGCAACAGAUCAUCAAGGACAUCAUGACACUGAAGAGUGGUGAAGUUCAGGAGCAGUGGCUCACAGACCUCCAUUACUGUUUCAACAUCUACCUUGCCUCUCAUCCCCAGACACCUGGCCCUAUAAACACAGUAUAUUGAAGAGGUCCAACUGCAUUUAUUGUAAAGCAUUUACUUCUAUUUAGUUUUGAAUGGAAGGUGUUGGAACAAAGCUUGUCAAUUUUUUUGUAAGUGAAACAAUAAAAAUUUUACAGAGAACUGCAA